CCGGGCUGGGAGCCGUGGGGGUCGGGCGUGUCCGCACAGUUACCGCGCAGCCCCUCGGUGCUCGUGUCCCCGUCCCCUGUGAGGGUUGCCGGUGCCCCCCUGCCCGGCUUUGUGCUGCUGCUGCUGUUCUCCCGCGGGAUGCGGGCUCGGCCCGCCCCGUCAGCCCUGCCCCCCGUGCCGGCCGCAUUAUGAGCGCGGCGAGCGAUACAUAUUUCCUUAUAAAAGACAUAAAACCCGGACUGAAAAACUUAAAUGUCAUCUUUAUUGUGCUGGAGAUCGGGCGAGUCACCAAGACGAAGGACGGGCAUGAGGUGAGGUCCUGCAAAGUGGCGGACAAGACGGGCAGCAUCACCAUCUCCGUGUGGGACGAGAUCGGCGGCCUCAUCCAGCCGGGGGACAUCAUCCGCCUGACCAAAGGGUAUGCAUCUCUGUGGAAAGGAUGCCUGACACUUUAUACAGGACGAGGAGGGGAGCUGCAUAAAAUUGGGGAGUUCUGCAUGGUAUAUUCAGAAGUGCCAAACUUCAGUGAGCCCAACACGGAACACAUGGGGCAGAACAAACUGGCACAAGGUGAACAGAAUAGUUCUGCGUCAAGUAAUAUGAGUUCAUGUACUUUUGGGCCAUUGGGAAAUGGUUUACAAACUGGACCUGAAUCAAGUGGAUUUCCAUUUACAUAUAAUCAUGGCCACUCUUACGCAGGUAGUGGGAGAGGCAAUGGACGAGGACCUGUAAAUCCAACACCAGCUAAUAGUGUUCAGCCUUUUCUCCCUGUCGGUAAUGGGAGGGACCCACGCAGAGCCUUUAAAAGAUGACUAUGCCAAAUGUGGUUGUACAGCUUGCUUAAACUCUACACUCUACUUGAACACUUAUUGCACUUUUAUUUAUAGUUAACUGUGAACCAGUUUGUCCUUUAUUGUUGUUUUUUUUUACCUUUUGGUCUAUGGAGCAAACUUGAUGUGAUCUAUUUCUUAUUUUGCUUAGGGAAGCACAGUGAAGUCUUCCCCACUCAUUAAGGGGUAAGGGGGAGAAGAUGAAUUUAAGAAAGUAAGGGUAACAGCUUGAAGUGUCUCAAUUAAAACUCGGUACCUUUUGCUAAAUGGAAGAAAAUUUCAUUUACAUGUAUGUAUUUUUCUGUUGGUCAGCCAUAUAGCCUUAAAAGGUCUAUGUCCUGUGCAUAUGUUGACUUCUGUUAGGGUUGAUGGGAAUUCUUUGUUUUGAAAGAGAAAUGAAGGGAAAGAGCAAAUAUGCUCUAGUAAUUGGGUGUCCUUGGAAUGAAUAUAGCUUGUAAAAGCAAUAAUUGUAAGGAAAUGGUGGCACCAGCACCCAGUCUCCUGAAUUGGAGAAUAGGUAACUCAGCUAAAAGCUGAAGACAUGGUGAGUGUUUUGAAGCAUGGCUUCUGGUUCCAAGAAGGUGUAUGCUACUUAAAAAUUCUCCAUUAACACCAUCACUGUCAAGGAAAGUGACAGUGAUUUUUGCAUAGAAGCUUAGUUAUUCAUUCUUGCUUUGCAUGAAAUAGCAGGAGAGUAGGAUCUGAAUUCAGACAGUACUGGGGGAAUAUGCUGUUUGUAGCCACUCGUGUAAAACCCUAAGACUGCAUCGUACGAGUCUGAAUUUCCAGGAAAGAACUGUUAUCAAAUGCUGCGUUACCCAUCUCUUCAAUGAAGCUGCAUUCUCCUUCCUUUAUUCACUUUUCCAAAUGAAUUAUGGAUAUGUGGAUUGCAGAGGUACUGGCCAAGCACUCAGCUGCAUUUCUGAUGCUGUUAAGCUGCUAGGCUUUCCUUCAUCUGCUUUAUAAGAAAUACAAAUAAUCUCUUAGAGAACCCCACUACCACCAUCUCCUGGGGGGAAAUAGCUGUGGUUUUAUUCUGGGAUCACAAAUGCCUUGACUCUAGAUAAACGUCCAGUGCCAUAUUUCAGAUCAGGUUAAAAAAACAACUUGGAAGCUGAGGUGUCAUACUGGAUUCAUAUGUUUAAUUCUUAUAGCUGACCUCUCAAAUAAAAAAUUGCACUAACCAUUUAAAAAACAAAUCUAACUUUUCUUUCUAUCAAGCCAUAAAGACUUCAUGACAAAAGGCUAUUUCUGAAUUGUGAGUUGUCUCUGGUUGUUCAUGUUAAUUGAAUCUACUACUAUGUCACAUAUGUUUACAUGUUAUUUCCAUUUGAUAUUUGUGCUUUUGGUACUCUAUUGUAAUUACUUGUUGAAAAUUGCUUCUAAUUGGCAGAAGUUCCUUGCUUAGUCUGAAUUACUGAACUUUCUUCUGAAUGCAAACAACAGCAACAACAAAGGAGGUUUAGUAGAGACUGUGCUCAAGCACACGAGGGCUGUUUGCCUUUGGUCUAGUGAAGUGCUAUCCUGAUACCUGCUUUCAGGUGAAACUAGUGAAACUUCUCUUGGACACAAGAGGGUGGCAUGCCUCAUGAGAUCACCCAUAGGUGCUGUUACGGAAGAGCAGUGUUAACUGCUGAAAGAAAAAAGCACACAGUGAUUUCUGGAGAAAUGGUGUAAGGAGGUGAUGUGUAACUCAGGGACUUUUGGAUUGCUUAUUAAAUAAGUCAUGUAUAGUCUGGAUGCAUGGACAACCUCUUAUUCAGUGUUGCAUUAAGACAUUUGAUAUGCUUGUGACAAGGAAGCCAAGAGGAUUUCAAACCUGUGAAGUACGUAUGACGUGUUCCAAAGAAGUGGAUGAGGUAUAAGUAUGCUGGGAGAGCUGUGCUUUCCAGUAGUAGCUGUAAAGGUAGCAAGUGAUGGCAUGGUGGGCACCUCAUAUUCGCUUGGGUAUUUUCAUCAUGGAUUUCAAUCCUGGUGGUUUUGACUUCUCUACAGCAUAAAGAAGGUUGCUAUAGGUGGGAGCCCUGUGUUGGUGCGUGCUAAGGUGCCUGAUGUUUGUAGCUCUAUGCAUUUGGGCUUUUAUUAAGCUAAUAAACAGAAUACUUGUUCAUAAAUUCCAAAUAAAAAUUGGGAUGAUUACUGUUGAUAAGUGGCAAUAAGAUUAAAAGCUUUCUGCCAAGUGGAUGAUUGAUUUGCAGUUGGGAGGAAAAAGGCAAGAGGCUGGUCUUCAUGUUCUCAAGGUUAGUAGCAUUCCUGCUUCCCUGCUUCCUAUGUGAAAAUAUUUCAAUCUAUUAAUAAAUUUUUACUUCUUUGCAGGGGAAAUCUGUGCCCUGAAAAGUCACAUGGACUUAAAGUAAAUAUCAUCGUAGUAAUUUUUCAAGUUCUUCUGAUCUGAGUGAACCUAAGACAAAGUCGUUGCCCUCAAUGGUAUCAGCCUCAAGAUAGUUCUCAGUUUGCAGAGGAAUCUGGGAGCCUCCCUUACAUCUGUUUGGAUCGUACCACCUUGCUUCACAGAGACACACAUUCCAAUAUGUAAACAAGCAGUUGUCAUGAACUAUUCUGACACUAUAGCGUAGUUCAUAAGUGCCCAGUGGGUUAGGUCAUUAAAAAGUCUUCCCAAGAUACUGAAGGGUAAGGCUGCAGUUAGGGUAGUUUCACUGUAGAUUGCCAAAGGCAAAAAACAACCAUAAAAGGUGUUCACAUGUCCGGAUGAACUGUGCAGUUCCUCAGUGCAGCUCAGUAGCCCCUAUACAUUUGAGUCACAAGGCACCCAGUUUUCACCCCACAACAGCUCUCAUCCCGCCAGCCCAGUAAAAGGACUGAUGGCAGACUGUAGCAGUAUGGCAGUGGAAAAUUUUUUCCUGUUUGCCUGCCACAGUCUUCCAUGUGUUCCUGGAUCUUUCACCUUGAUCCCAAAAGUGGAAAAGCAGUCCUGUACCGUGAAAUACUGCCCUAAUCUUGGACGUGUGGCAGUCAUGCCUUCCAUGUCCACAGUGAAAAGGGGAAGGUGCUGGAAGAGCUGACAUGAACAAGGCAUGAUAUAUCAUCUGCCUCCAUACUCAUUUAAUUAGCUUUGGCCUUAACUUGUGACUGGCAGGUUACAGUCCUGUGCAAUCCAAUAAUGGAGUUCUUCAGCAUCACAUGAAUUCCAGUAAGGAUGUAAGCAGCUAGUGCUGCUUGUACAAAGCUGCUUGAGGAGGUAUGAAACCUCUCUUCUAUGUCGGUGGAGUCUGUACAGAUGAUACCCUUAGCAGCAUUGCAGGGUUGUCAUCUGUGUUCUGUUAGGGCACGUGUGUCUCUGGACACAGGAACAUUUAGCAGAUAAAUUGCUGUUCCCUGUA